AUGACGAGGAUGGUGGGGCUCCCGGCUAGGGACGAGGAAAUUGGGCAAGCCACGACUCCUCCUCAGGCGAAAUCCCGCCCCCACGGAGCCGGCGGCCGCAAGCGCGCGGCGCCGACGCACGACCCCCUCGACGAGACGCACGCGGACCCCCACGCGGUCGACGCCGCCGUCGCCCCGACCCCGACCCCGAUCACCCCGACCCCCACCAAGAAGCGGCGCAACACCAAGCCCUUCCGCAUCGAGAUCGGCCCGCCCAAGGAGGGCGAGGAGCGCGACGAGGUGAACAAGCCCAACGGCAGGUACAACAAGAACGGCGUGUGCUUUCACAAGGCGUCGGGCAAGUGGCGCGCCAUCGUCUACGUGGGCAAGCGGCAGGUCAGCCUCGGGUACUUCACCACCCAGGACGACGCGGAGAGGACCAUCGACAAUGCCCGCACGCACGGCUUGCCGAAGGGUUUCACCGGCCUCAGGGCGAUGCAGCAGCCCAAGCAGUCGGAGCACGCGGGGGUGAACUGGGACAAGCACACCAAGAAGUGGCUCGCGAGGGUGUACGAACCGAGCAGGAACGGCGCCAAGGGGAAGGAGCACAAGGUUGGGUACUUCCGCGAGGAACUCCAAGCGGUGCGAGCCAUCGAGGAGAAGCGGCGGGAGCUCGGGCUGCCGCCCCCGAGGGCGAAGAAGAAGGAAAGGGAAGGGUUCGUCGCGCGUGGCCCGGGGAUGAUACACGGGGACAUCUCGGACAUGGUGGACAUGGGGUCGCCCCCGGGACCUGCGGCGAGCGUGGCGUCGUCCGCGCCCCGGCGCCUGAACGAUCCACUCCCGCGGUGAUGA